AUGUCAGUGUCCUCCACCUCGUUCCAGACCUUGGACAACCACACCGCCAAUUCAGACGAGAGGACCGUAUCGGACAGGUUGGCCCGAAAACGCACCCUAGACCGCAAAGCGCAGCAGGCAGCACGGUCCCGAACGAGAUGGAACAUUGAAAACCUCCAGUACCAGGUUUCACAUUUGAAUAAUGCGCUCAUCAACGAAACCUCGCGAUUACAGGCACUACUCGAAGAGUCCAAAAGUGAGACGGAGCUGGUCCGUGCAGAGAACCAGACUUUGAGAAGUCAGUUGGAGGAUGCUAUAGGAAACAGUCAAGGCGUGGGCGUUGAAGAUGUGGAAUUUGCAGCUACAGGUACCCUUUCGUGGGACGACCAUAUCGCGGAGAUGGCCGUUGAGGCCCCGCUGCCGCGGUCUAUGAGUGUUUCAUCGACAAAUUUGCAGCCAUAUGAGUUUAUACCGUGGAACACAGGACCGACAUGUGUAUCGGACCGGAUCCUACAGAGCUAUGCCGCAACAGCACGUAUGCGAGUUCACGCGACGUCCGAUAUCUUCCUCAAGGAACAACCUGAUAUGACUGCUCUACUCGCACAGGAGCGUAGUGUCAAUCCUUCUGGAGUUUCCAAUGUGGUCUCCGAUAUUUUGCUGGCGUACCAAGAGAUCGAUACGCUGCCUAAGAAGGCCGCAUGUUUGUAUGUCAUGUAUAAGUUUCUCAAUUGGCUCAUUUUCCGAACCAAGUUAACCCAUGACCAAAUGCCCACCUGGCUUCGUCCCGUUCCAUUGCAGCUACAAAUGGAACACCCGGCGUGGAUUGACCGAAUUCCUUGGCCCAAUGCCCGCGUCUACCUGAUCAACAACCCCAGUAUCACCUUCGACGACUUCGCCUCUUACUAUUCUUCCUCUUUCCACGUUUCUUGGCCUUAUGAUCACUCACAUGUGUUUAUCUCCCUAUCGCAGAAUACGAUUCCCACACCCGAAGCCGCCCUUAACAACUGGUUUCAUACAAAUGAAGAGUCGCACAGCAUCGAAGCAAUAGCGCCCGAGAACACGAUCCUGAACCCGGUAUUUGAGCAGCAUCUGCGACAGUUGAAGAAUUGGAGUGUUUCCAAUCGUUUCCGGCGCCAGUUUCCUGAGUUGAGUGACAUUAUUGAUCGUGAUUCACGCUUGGAACCUGAGGAAGAAAACAACAUAGCAAAUUUUGGUCAUGCCAGCCUUCACUAG